AUGGAGUCCAACAAAAUGGGGCAGGUACAGGAAAAGUGGAAAUCUGGUCCGUUGAAAAUGAAGCUGGUGGCAGAGAUACUUACCGGAAAUCUCUUCUACGUUGAGGUGGGAGAGAAUGCCACUGAGCGUUACUCGUUGGAUAAAGACGAAGCUUCCCUCAAAGAUUGCGGGGUUGAAGAUAGCUCCCAUAUUUACAUCUUCUUUCGACCCCAGGACAAAAUUGCUGCUUCUCCUUCAACUCCAAAGGACUCUUCUGCCCCCGGUGAACCUUCACAGUCCAGUGGACUUACAAAUGGGGAUAAUACAGAUGAGGUCAAUGAAGACGAAGCUCCACACCAAGAGAAUGCUUCAAAUGAGGCAAAUGAGCCUUCGGCCUCAGUUCAUCCAGAGGAAUGA